AUGGCCGUCCUCCCCGUCUUCCUCAACGCCUUCGCGGAGCACCAAGAGGUGUUCAUGCUCCCCCCGGACGGCGCACGCACACCCUUGCCCGUGCCCAACUCGACGCACUCCUUCUGGAUCAACACUCCAGGCGCUAACCCGCUCGCGAAGGAGGGUAGCGAGGGCCCCCUCACCGCGGAUGCGGACAUCGCCAUCAUCGGCUCGGGCAUCACUGGAGUCUCAGCGGCGUACCACAUCUCGCGCCUACUUGCUGAGACGGGCGACACGGGGAAGCCGCUCACGGUCGUCGUCCUCGAAGCGCGCGAUUUCUGUUCCGGUGCAACAGGCCGAAACGGCGGCCACCUCACCGCGAACAUCUUCCAGGAUUUCGCCGUAUACUCUUCCCUGCAUGGCACAGACGACGCGAAGCGCGCCAUCGCGCUCGAGACGCGCACCGUCUCCGAGAUCGUCAAGAUCGCGAACGAGUCCGGCAAGACGGACGCGCUCGACCUCGUCUCCGGCGGGCGCAACCACCUGCUCUUCACCGACGAAGAGGUCGCCGAAGCCGACCUCGACUACGCGACUGCGAAGGCGGCCGGGGUCGACCUCACCGAUGUCGAGUUCUUGACCAAGGAGCAGGUGAAAGAAAGAUACGGCGCCUCCUACCCGAGCGUCCGCACCCCCGGCUACAACAUCUGGCCGCUCAAGCUCGUCUCGCACCUCUACACCACCGCUCUCUCCACCGCCGCCAACUCCUCCGCGUUCUCCCUCGCCCUGCACACCAACACGCCCGUGACCGCGCUCACCCCCAUCUCCGGCACCUCCUCCUCCCCACGCCGCUGGAACCUCACCACACCGCGCGGACCCGUCGCCGCGACGUACGUCCUGCACGCCACGAACGCGUACGCCUCGCACCUCCUCGCGCACAUGCACGGGCCCGACGGCAUCGUGCCCUCGCGCGGGCAGAUCAUCGCGACGCGCGCUGCGGUGCCGUCCUCCGUGCUCACCACGUCUGCGUACACGGGCAACGUGGGCUUCGAGUACUGGUUCCCGCGCCCGGUCGAGGCGGGGCAGGAGAAGCCGCUCGUGAUCCUGGGCGGCGGGCGCGAGGCGACGAAGCCGAAGUUCGAGCUCUAUGUCGCGGACGACUCGGUGGUGAACCCGGGCGUCGGGGAGGCGCUGCGCAAGUUCUUGCCGGUGGUGUUCCCGGGCAAGUACGAGGCGGACCAGAAGCCGGAGAUGGAAUGGACCGGAAUCAUGGGAUACACGAAGACUGGGGACCCCUUCGUUGGACCCGUCAUCGACCCCGCGCACCCUGACGCUCACAAGGGGCAGUACAUUUCCGCGGGGUACACCGGACACGGCAUGCCCCGCGCAUUCUCAUGCGCGGAGGCCGUCGCGCAGAUGAUAGUGGCAGACAUCCAGGGCAAGGAGUGGGAGGUCCCGGAGUGGCUUCCGCGGCACCACCUCACGCAAAACCGGCUCAACGAGUAA